GCCAGUAACAACUAUGUGUUUCUAGGUACGUGGGCGUAUAGUAUUUGAACUCACCGACAAAUGCUAGCAAACUGAGCUGUCACAGUCAGUCUGUUUCUUUUACGCCUGCUAUGUUAGGGUACAGUCAGUGGCAAGUGUGGAAGAAGUCACAGUCAAGAGACUCAAGAAGCUUGAGCUGUGGCUAGCGACCCAACGUACAUUAUUUACCACAGUUUUCACUAGCUAGCUAGCCUAGUUAUCUACUUUAACUAGUUAGGUUAACAAUGUCGUUCAUUAUGAUGAAGAAAAAUAAAUUCAAAUUUAAGGUAGAUUUCGAGUUGGACGAACUCUCUUCUGUUCCCUUUGUCAACGGGGUCUUGUUCUGCAAAGUACGGCUCCAAGACGGUGGCUUUACUGAAGAGUCAUCUCGGGAGCAGGUCCAGGCUAACUGUGUGCGCUGGAGGAAGAGGUUCUCCUUCCUGUGUAAGAUGAGUGCCAACGCUCGGACAGGAGUACUGGACCCCUGUGUGUGCCGGGUGUCUGUGCGCAAGGAAAUGAAGGGUGGAAAGACCUUUGCAAAGCUGGGUUUUGCAGACCUGAACCUGUCAGAGUUUGCUGGCUCUGGCAGCACCACGCGGCGAUGUCUACUAGAGGGUUACGACACCAAGAACACCAGACAGGACAACUCCAUACUCAAGGUUGUCAUCAGCACACAGCUCAUGUCUGGGGACCCCUGCUUUAAAACGCCACCGUCCACAGCCAUGAAACUGGGCAUCCAGCAGGCAGAGGCAGAGUGUCUCUACGAAGACAGAAAGGGAGGGGACACACCCACACCCUGCCUCCCCGUACCAGAGCCCCCAGGGAAGUGUGCGUCUGUUCCUGAUGAGCCGAGAGCCUGUGGCCACUCUAGAACAUCCAGCUACGCCAGCCAACAGUCCAAAGUCUCAGGCUAUAGCUCAGGUCACUCACGCUCCUCCAGCCUGUCAGAGCUCACACACAAGAGGAACCCCUCACCGGGCUCCGCCUCCACGGGCAUCAGCAGCAUUCCUGAACCCAGCGUGGACCGAGGGGCUGAGAGGGGUGAGAGGGAGGCCCACUCCACACCUCCUGUCUCUGUCACCUGUCCCUGCUCACCCGUGCCUGAACAUCUCCCCACCUCCUCGGAGAGACUCAGCAGGCAUCCAGUGAAGCAGAGCUCGGUGGAGUGUCAACUGAAGAGAGUAGACGCCACGCGGGUAGACGCUGACGACAUCGUGGAGAAGAUCCUCCAGAGCCAAGACUUCAGCCACGGCCUGCUGGACUCCAGCGCUGAGGAGGAGGGGCUCAGGCUGUUUGUUGGUCCUGGCGGAAGCACGGCGCUGGGAAGCCAACACACCAGGGUUGGGGCUGGGCCCUACGAGCAGGUGGUGAUCAAACGCUAGCCCCCGGGGAGCGGAUGUGUGUCUGAGAAGGUGCCACAACACCACAGGGUCUGACAGAGGGGGACAGAGAGGGGGACAGAGGGCAAUAGCGGUCUCACCUCUAUGCAGGACAAACAUUCGUUCCAAUGGGAGUCCAGGUCAGAUGUGCGGAACCUGUGUAAGCCUGCUGCCCCCUAGGAUUGAAGCCAGGAGGUGACCUGAAGUUCAUGAUGACAACUUGUUCAAUAACUAUGAGAUGAAAGAGGAGGAUAUAUUGAGACAUAUAUACAGUGCAUUGGAAAAGUAUUCAGACCCCUUUACUUUUUCAACAUUUUGUUAUG